AUGAAAAACCAGCUCCACGUCCCCCCAGCGCGGGCGCACAUGUCGGCCUCUGGGACGGCGGCGGCGGGGGGCACCGGGGCGGGGUCCGAGCCCGGUGCAGGGUCUGGGUCCGGGGCGGGCGCGGUGACGGGAGCGGGAGCGGGAGCCAUGCCUUGCAAGAGUGCCGAGUGGCUGCAGGAGGAACUGGAGGCGCGCGGCGGUGCGUCGCUGCUACUGCUCGAUUGCCGACCGCACGAGCUCUUCGAGUCGUCGCACAUCGAGACGGCCAUCAACCUGGCCAUCCCGGGCCUUAUGCUGCGCCGCCUGCGCAAGGGCAACCUGCCUAUCCGCUCCAUCAUCCCCAACCACGCCGACAAGGAGCGCUUCAGCACGCGCUGCAAGGCAGCCACCGUGCUGCUCUACGACGAGGCCACUGCCGAGUGGCAGUCCGAGCCCGGGGCUCCCUCCUCUGUGCUUGGCCUACUCUUGCAGAAGCUGCGUGACGACGGCUGCCAGGCCUACUACCUCCAAGGUGGUUUCAACAAGUUCCAGACGGAGUACUCUGAGCACUGCGAGACCAACAUAGACAGCUCGUCCUCCCCGAGUGGCUCACCGCCCACCUCAGUGCUGGGUCUGGGGGGCCUCCGUAUCAGCUCUGACUGCUCAGACGGCGAGUCAGACCGAGAGUUGCCCAGCAGUGCUACGGAGUCAGAUGGCAGCCCUAUGCCGUCCAGCCAGCCGGCCUUCCCCGUCCAGAUCUUGCCCUACCUCUAUCUUGGCUGUGCCAAGGACUCCACCAACCUGGACGUGCUUGGCAAGUACGGCAUCAAGUACAUACUCAAUGUCACUCCCAACUUGCCCAACGCCUUUGAGCACGGCGGCGAGUUCACCUACAAGCAGAUCCCCAUCUCUGACCACUGGAGCCAGAACCUCUCCCAGUUCUUCCCUGAGGCCAUCAGCUUCAUUGACGAGGCUCGCUCCAAGAAAUGUGGUGUCCUGGUGCACUGCUUGGCAGGCAUCAGUCGCUCAGUGACGGUCACCGUGGCCUACCUGAUGCAGAAGAUGAACUUGUCACUCAAUGACGCCUAUGACUUUGUCAAGAGGAAAAAGUCCAACAUCUCGCCCAAUUUCAACUUCAUGGGGCAGCUGCUGGACUUUGAGCGGACGCUGGGGCUAAGCAGCCCAUGUGACAACCACACCCCCAGUGGGCAGCUCUACUUCUCCACUCCCACCAACCACCACUUGUUCCCACUCAACACACUCGAGUCCACGUGAGGCACCUCCCUACCCCUCCACAGGGCCAGGUGGGAGGGCCUAAGCCUUCUCCCGCUGACCUAAGGAACCCUCAGACACCGCCUGUGCCCGGCAGCCCAGACUGCUAGGCGGCUGAACUUGACUCGCCACCCGGCAGUGGACAGAGCCCACAGGCCAGGCCUCCCUCCGCAGGACUUUCUGGAGAGGUCUGAAACUCUCAGACAUGUGACUUUGGGGGUCCAGCAGGCCUCACCCUUCUUUAGGAUACUCCUUUCUGCUGAUGGCCCGGCCAACUUGGCUAUUUUUAAAGACAUAUUCACAGACCUGAGUUUACUUUUUAUUUUUGUCAGGUAAAUCAAAGCUCCCUGGAGUACAGAGUGUUCAAACUCUUAUGAUUUUUCUUUCUUUUUUUUUUUUUUUUUUUUUUGCUUUUUAACAAAAAGUGUUCUUUCCAGGUUACAUGCAACAGUGGAUUGUGUAAAUCAGUAUUUCAUCCCUU